CAGUCAUUUGUUUGCAAUGAAUGCCAUACAUACAGUAGAGGUGUAGUUAGUUUAUUAAACCGACACUUGGGCUCGUGAAUACUUAUGGAUAAAUCAUAAUACAUGUGAAGACUUGCCAGAAGUCCAGAAUACCGAGGCGGCGAGGAUAAAUCGGGUGGAUACCCAGUCGGCGAGGAUAAAUCGGGUGGAAGUCUUAGCUGUGUCACAUGGAAUGUGUAGGACUGGCGUGUUCACAACGUCAUGGUUGAAAGACAAGUGGGUCACUGCUAAAGAAUGAAGCCAACACAUGAUGUAGACCGUGGAUAUGCCUGGGUCGUUCUGUUCGCCUCAUUCUGUGCGAUGUUCAUCUGUGGGAUGAUGGUGUAUUCGACUGGGGUCAUCAAUACCGCCAUCUUGGAGGAAGUUGACAGCGACCUCUCGCGGACGUCAUGGGUUGGCUCGACAAUGCUAGGGACCUUCACCUUCAUGGGUCCUUUGGCGGGUCUGAUCACCAAGAAACUGGGCUACAGGUUAGCCUGUUUCGGGGGAGGAGUACUCAUCCUGAUGGGACUCGCUGCAGCAUCCUUUGUUCAUGACGUCACCGGACUCAUCAUAACAUACGGAGUUAUUGGAGGGUUUGGCGUUGGACUAGGGCUGAAUUCCUCGGGUGUAGCUCCUGGCCAUUAUUUUGUCAAAAAACGAAGUCUGGCGUUUGGUGUGACUGUAUCAGGUGCUGGUAUGGGCAUGUGUACUGGAGGUCCUCUAUGUCAGAUGCUGAUCCAGGAGUACAGACUCAGUGGCUGUCUUCUUAUCUUGGGCGCUAUCGCCUCCAAUAUGUGUGUUGCAGCCUGCCUCCUGAGACCCGUCCCAAGCACCAGAAAGAAAAUGACAGAUGACACCAACCAUCAAGCGGGCACAGGCAUUUCAGAAACAUCUUUCAAAGAUACAGCAAUAUCAAGAGAAGAAUGUUUUGUCGACAGUGUAGAAUUCAUAUCUGCAGUAGAACCACUGGUGACUGACAAUUGUAGUGGUGGGACUGCACAACAUUCCAUGAAUCAUCAGGAAAACCACAUUAAAUCGAAACAUAAAGGUAACACGUUAGAAGGGAAGUUUCUCCCUUUGACAUCCACUGAUGACGAAGAAUGCUUCAUAGGUGCAUCCAACAAUUCUGGUAAGAUGACCAAAGACAAUAACACACACUGUAGUUCAUGUUACGAGAAAGGAUCGCCGAACCCUUUCAGAAAUUGCCUCAAACGCAUAAGGAGAAUAACUAUACUAAACAAAUAUGGAUUCAUCAGCUACUGUCUUAGUUUUCUGUUCUGGGCACUCGGGGAAGGAGCAUGUCUGUUCCACCUUCCCAACUAUGCCGAACAUAAAGGCAGUACAGAAACUCAAGCAGCUAGUCUGUUCACGGUCAUGGGGGUGGGAAGUGUCAUUUCUAGGCUCCUGACAGGGUUUGCUGGAAGUGAUGCCUCGGUGGAUUAUGUGACACUUCACAUGGGACUUUUGGGAAUGUCUGGACUCCUAACACUGUGUUUUCCUCUUUACUCAAACACCUACGUUCUUCAGAUGACAUUUAGUGCUGCAUAUGGGCUGUAUAGUGGUGGUCUUAACACUCUUAUCUGCCCAAUAACCAUAGAACUAAUGGGCUUGAAGCAUUUAGCUAUUGGAUCGGGCAUCGGGAACUUCUUUCGUGGAAUUGGUUUCUUCGCUGGCCCUCCUCUUUCAAGUUUCAUAUAUUCAGCGACAAGGCGUUAUGACUUUACGUUCGUAUUUGCAGGAACUAUUCUCCUGCUUGGGGCAUUCUUUGGUGCCUUGGUGGGAAUCUUUGGGAAACCAUCGCAACAGAUGCAAAAUAUUGACAAGUCUGAGGAAGUUCAAGAGGCUAUUGAAGAGUCUCCAAAGUGAUAGGAUGGGUGAUAUCCACAGCAAGUCUGAGUUGACGUUCAAAGAGCUCCGCUCCACAAGGUGGCUGCCAAUGCAGCAAUGACACCAAUGCUACCUCAUCAGUUGCCUUGCCAAUACAUGAUCGGUCGAAAUGUGCGACAGAAAGAAUAGUUAACGCAUCUUCAUGAUACAAUUAUGGAAUAUUCAAAAACAACAUUUUUGUUUGUUUGUAUUUUUUCUCUUCAGGAGAAUUCAGAAAUGGAAUAACAUAUGAAAUAUCUAUGACUAUUUGCUUUGUUAACAUCACAGUGUAACUAAUUCAUAUCGAGAGCUUUUCUGUUUUACCACAAUAUUGCCAUGGCCUGCUGGUUUAACAACAGAUAUAACCGGUGAAGAUCCGGGUACAAAGUAGAAUUGAACAAAACAUGCUUGUCGUAAGUGGAUCGCUGGCUUGUUUGACACAUGUCAUCGUAUCCCAGUUACGUAGAUCGAUGUUCAUGCUAUUGGUCACUGGGUUGUCUGGUCCAGACUCGAUUAUCAACAGACCGCCGUCAUGGUGGGAAUAUUUCUGAUAAACAAAACGACAGAUAUGUAGUCCGUUUGAGUCAAAAUCUCCCCCAAUGAAUUGCACUCUAACUCAAAAACAAAGAAUCGUAAAUUACCCAAACCAACGGAAAGGUAAAUAGGAAAUACACACCAAUCCUGCAGAAUUGUGUCAUAAAUUUUGUCUACAAAAUAGAAAAGUCGUUUAACAAGC